AGGGCAUGCCGGGAACGCCGCCGACGCCCAAGAUGGCGGCAGGAUUGAAAAAUCGGUGCCGGGGCGGCGGCGGCGCCUUUUCGGGCUCGGCUUGAAGCCUCCGGGGCGGCGAUGGCGGGGCAGUGAAAGGCGAGGGGAGCCCGGCGGGGAAGAUGCCUCCGGGCCCCGCCUGAGACAUGGAGGAGGAAGGCAAGAGGGGCAAAAAGCCUGGGAUCGUCUCCCCGUUCAAGCGGGUCUUCCUGAAAGGGGAGAAGGGGCGCGACAAGAAAGCCCAGGAGAAAGUCACCGAACGGCGGGCGCUGCACACGGUCCCGUUGGCUUUGCCGGAUCGCUUCGAGCCGGAUGUCCUCUUGAACGACUACAUCGAGAAGGAAGUGAAGUAUUUGGGUCAAAUAACGUCGGUUCCAGGAUAUCUGAAUCCCUCCAGCCGAACCGAAAUUCUUCAUUUAAUUGAUACUGCAAAGCGGGCUCACCAGCUUCCCGGCCAGCUGACCCACGAGCACGAUGCCCUGGUCAGCGUCUCGGCUUACAACGUCAAGCUCCUCUGGCGUGACAGCGAGGACCUCAUCCUCCGGGUGCCCAUCCAUGACAUCGCGUCGGUGUCGUAUAUCCGGGACGAUUCCUCCCAUCUGGUGGUGUUGAAGACAGCUCAGGAGCCCGGCCUCUCCCCCAGCCAGAGUCUUUGUGCCGAAAGCUGCAAAGCGCUCACCUCCGGCUCUCUUUCGGAGAGUGGCAUGGUGCCUGUCGAAGCCUGUUGCCUGGUGAUCCUUGCCACGGAGAAUAAGGUCACCGGUGAGGAACUCUGCUCCCUCCUCAGCCAAGUCUUCCACAUUGUUUACACGGAAUCUACUAUAGACUUCCUGGACAGAGCGAUCUUUGAUGGGGCCACCACACCCACCCGGCAUCUCUCCAUACACAGCGAUGACUCGUCGACCAAAGUGGACGUCAAAGACCCCUAUGAAGCUGAAGUCAGCACAUUCUCUUUCCCAGAAUCCUUAGAUACGGGGUGCAACUCCCCCACCUCCUUCUCAGCCCAGCCAUCUCCCCCCGCCAAAACAGCCAGCGACAGCGAGUUGAGCACGACAGCGACGGAACUCCUGCAGGACUACAUGAUGACGUUACGGACGAAGCUUUCCUCGCACGAGAUCCAACAGUUCGCCAUGCUUCUGCACGAGUACCGCAAUGGGGCCUCCGUCCAUGAGUUCUGUGUCAACCUGCGACAUCUCUACGGAGACAGCCGGAAAUUCCUUCUGCUGGGUCUCCGUCCCUUCAUCCCCGAGAAGGACAGCCAAUACUUCGAGAACUUCCUCGAGACCAUCGGCGUGAAGGACGGGCGGGGCAUCAUCACAGAUAGCUUCGGCCGGUACCGGUGGACAGUGAGAUCCGCCUCCAACUCCGCCACCAACGGCAAUGGCGCCACCGGAAGCUCCGAUGACCAGUCGGCACCAUCGGAGGGUGAUGAGUGGGACCGGAUGAUCUCCGACAUCAGCAACGACAUCGAAGCCUUGGGGUGCAGCUUGGAUCAAGAUUCGUCGUGAUCCGGGCAAGGAUGCCGAGAGACAUUGGGACUUUCGAUUCCCGCUUCGUCCCCCUUUCUUUUUCCUCUGUCUCGUUUCCCAAAGUUCCCCCAAGACUCUCAGUCCCUGGCCAUUUCUCCAAGCAUAGGUGCUCAUCGCCGUAUCUCUGUGUGAGUGAGCAGAUUGUGGAGAAGCCACAAACCCCCGGGAAAGUCCUCAGAAUCUUCUCCGCACCUUUCUAAUGCUCGUGUGCACAUCUGAUUGCGUGUUCCUGGACGUUUCUCACUGUUGAAAUUCCAGGCGGUUGUCCUUACAUUUCAAAAGCAGGAGGAGACCUGGCAGAGAAGCUGUUGAGGAGCUCCAGAGCUUCAUCGGGUGGUGGGAGGUUGAGCUCCUGCCAUCGACGCCAACGGGCUGAUCUUCCUGGGAGUCGUUUGGGAGGUCCAUAAGUCUGGUGGGAGGGCAGUGAAUUCGAACUUGGGGCUCCCUACAGGCGGGCGGGUUGACUUCAGGGAGAGUGGAGAACUUGGUUGAGAAACCAGAUCUCGUUCAAGACAAGCUGCAGCUCCUUUGCUCGUUCACGUGGGUCCAAACCUUCCUCGAUCUUGGCCAAAUUUGGUCUCUUCCAAGCAGCUGGAGCUCAGUGAGGAGCCCGGCCUCCCUCCAACAAACAGGGCAUUGUGUGGGUAUCUCAUGAUGGACUUCCACCAAGAACUUCAUUUGAGAACCAACAACGCAAACGAGACAUUUUUAAUCCUGGUUUAUUUUAAGAAGCAAAGGCAAUAUAUACAUAUGUACAUGUGUUGUAUAUAUUAUACAUACAAAUGCACAGAUAUUUUUCUAAGCGUGUAUCACGCCGCCAAGAGCUCUCUGGGCUUCGAUAAACUGACACGGAUGUUCUUUUAGCCCUUUGGGGAGACAGACAUCUGUGUCUUUUUUUUUUUUUUUAAAGCGCACCAAAGAUUGUUGUCCUGUGUUUUGUGUUAAAAAAAAACAAAACCCUACCGGUUUCGAAUAAAAAAAGCUGGCCAUGGAAGACCAACCACGGUAAGGGACUUGAGGACUUCUUAGCUUUCCAUCUGGGGAAAGUGACCGGGAUACGUGGUGGUUUUGUUUCUGCUCCAUCACUGGAGGUUUUUAAGAAGAGAUUGGACAACUGUUUGUUCAAUAUGGUAGAGUGGGGUUGGACUAGAAGACCUCCAAGGCCCCUUCCAGCUCUGUUAUUCUGUGGAACAGUUUCCUCCUCACUAGUGGGAUCCGUGGUGCUCUCUGAGCUUGGUUUUCCUGAAGAUGUUUCGUGAUUCAACUAGGUGAGAUCAUUGGUGCUGGGAGGAAGGGAGGUUUGGUUUCUAUUUAUAGACAGCCCCUUCUAGCACUGAUGAUGUUCUCUAGUUGGGUCAUGAAAUGUCUGCAAGGAAACCACCCAGCUCAGAGACCACCAAGGACCCCACAGUCAUCGUCCUCACCUCCACCCCUUCCUUCCCUUCCCUUCCCUUCCCUUCCCUUCCCUUCCCUUCCCUUCCCUUCCUUUUUCUUCCCUUCCCUUCCUUUCCCUUCUCUUCCCUCCCCUUCCUUCCCUCCCCUUUUCCCUUCCCCUCCCUUCCCUUCCCUUUCCUUCCGUUUCCUUUCCUUCUCUCCCUGAUACUGUUCCCUAGUUGGGUCAUGAAACGUCGGCAAGGAAACCCCCCAGCUCAGAGAGCUCCCAGGAUCCCAACCUUGCAACCCUGAGCUACAAAUUCUCUCCUAUCGGUUUCCAUCUCAAUUUCUCUUCUCCUUCCUUUGUUUUGUGCUCAACAUACCCGGUCACUCUGACCAAGGACGUCUCUGACGUUAAAACACAACACUCAAAAUUGUGCCUGGUUUAACAACCCAUUCCAGAUCAUUUAGCCUUGAGGCUAAAAUCUUGACGUGAACUGCAAAAUAUUUACGUUUUUUCCUUU